AUGGCUUCUCCUAACAAUAUGCAGUCAAUAGCCUUGAAUACCUCGGAAAAAGAGCACUCCAGAAACAGCACCUCAGAUACCGACGACGGCGACGAGAUGCCUGCCAUUACCAAUGCCGUGUAUAUUGCCGAACUCAAGCAGCGAAUUGUCGAUCUCGACGGUUCGUGCUUUGCAUACAUGCACAAUGAUACGACAUUACGACAUUACGACAUUACGACAUUCACGAUACAAUACGACGGUUUAGGAUACGAUGUAUGA